AUGGAGAGGAUCAGAGCCCUCAUUAUGCUCCCCCACGCCCCGUUGGCCUGCCUCUUCCUGCUCCUCCUGUCGGGGGUGCUGGGGGGGCUGGUCCUGUCUAUCUGCCCUGCCGUGUGCUCCUGCAGCCGGGGCCACCGUGUGGUGGACUGCUCCUCACGGCACCUUUCACAGCUGCCCCCAGGCCUGCAGCAUAACAUCCGCUUCCUCAACCUCUCACACAACAGCCUUUGUGGUCUGGACGACCAGCUCAGCCACUACGCCCACCUGCGUACCCUGGACCUGUCCUAUAACCUCCUGGGUCGCUUCCCCUCCGGCCUGCCCAGGGCCCUCUGGGACAUCCGGGCCGCUGGCAACCAGCUCCGAGCCCUGGACAAGAACGACACGGCCUACCAUUGGAACCUGAGGGUACUGGACCUGUCAGCCAACGAGCUGGAGAGGGUGGUCUUCAUCAACAACACCCUACCCAGCCUACACGCCCUAAACUUGAGUCACAACCGGUUCUGGACCGUGCCCACCAACAUGCCUCAUAAUCUGGAGAUGGUGGAUUUGUCCCACAACUACCUGGUUCAGAUCCUCCUGGGAUCAUUGGACCGGCUGCCCAGGCUGAGGAGGUUCUACCUGCAUGCUAAUCGCUUCUCCUGGGUGCCGGAGGGGGUAUUUGACCGGUUGGAGGGGCUCGAGUUGUUGACACUUGGGGAUAACCCUUGGGCUUGUGAAGAGGAGGAGAACAUCACACGGCUCUUGCUCUGGGCCAAACACACCCGUGCUGCCGUGUUGGGCUGCCCCUGCUACACUAGGCCAACAUGUGGACAAGCCCAUCUGGCCACACCAGGAGGGGAGUGGCACUUUACGUCCCACACAGAGCCUCCACUGGGGGCUGAUGCCAGAGAGCUGGGCCGUGGAGACCUCACACCGGAUAGAGCUGCAGUCGUCACUUCUGGGUACUUGGCUAAGUCUGCGUUGUUGGAGCCUGGGACGCAUGGAGACAGAGGGUCUGCCAAUAGCUCGGGGGACCAGACAUCGUUUGUGUUCAUCUCCACCCCCUUGCACGGCCUCUCCACACGCACAAGCACUACAGGGCACCCGCACUCCGCCGCCAAGAAGCCCAACACAGGAAGCACGCAGAGCAGAAGCCACGGACUCCACACACCAAUCCUGUAUUCUGUAGUCACUUGGAACCUUCUAGUCACGGUGACUGCCUUCAAAGCCUUUUAA